AGCACACAAGCUCUCCAACCUGCUCACGGCCCAGCUUGUCUCGCCGUGCUAUGAGUUGUCUCUUUCGUCUUGUAUCCAACGAACCUGAUCCUGGAAGACUGCAGCCUCACAGCCUCACAUUCUCGUACGCUGGCAGCCAGUGCUAGCAUCCGCAUCGCCCGUGGCUUGUCGCGGUGCAGCAAGCCCCCCUGUGUCCUUGGUCACAGAGCACCAUCAUCAUGCCAGCGUCGUUGCCAUCAAGCCCUCCUCAAUCCUCUCAGUCAUCCCUGAUGGAUACCAUUCCAGAUGACAAGGGUCAUGAUUUGACCCUGGAUAGGCCUUCGCCCCGACGCCCCAGGACGCCCGCUAAGCUCCUGCGCCUUGGGGUGCGGAAUCGCCGCCACGAGUACCUGGUGAAAACCCCGUCGUAUUUUGACAAUCUGGAACAUGAACUCGCUGAUCCUAUCCUGUAUGAGCGUCUUGUCAAGAGAUUUCAGACUCCAGCCGAACGAGAGGCAGAAGGAAAAGCCAAGGGCUAUAGUCGCACUCUCGAAGCAGAUCUCGUUAGAGGCGAGACAAAUCUCUCAAACCUCUAUCCAGAACGAGAGCAGGGUAGCCGAACACCACAAGAUUCAAAAGUGCUACGCGAUGGAGGCGCGGGCACCAAUGCAUGGGACGCUGACGCAGAGGACAAAGAGCACGGCAAACAGCUUUGGCAUGCGUACCUCGAAGUCCGCUUUGUGGAGGGACUAGAUGAAGACUUCGAUUAUGAAAAGGUUGAUGACAAUUAUAAAUAUGACACCAUGGCGAUUCAGGAUGCCGAGGAUGCCUGGUUCGAUGACGAAGAGCCCAGUUGGGUAGAUGGGGAAACGCAGUUUCCCGUUCGAUUAGGAGAGACGGGUAUCCAAGAUUUUUGAGUCUCAUCGAUAGAAGCUCCCGUGGUCUUGAACCUUUUCAUUCUAUAGGGGUUCUCGGCUGAGGGCUGGGAAAAGUAAACAGCCCUCUGAGUUGCCAAGUAUAUGGCACUGCUGGGCGUGGUAUCGCAAAGGACAAGGCUUUCGCAAGCAUCUGGCCAGCGCUAGUGAGAGUUUGUGUCAUGAAGAUAGCGUGUCAUGAAGAUUGCUUGGUAAAACUUCGUGUCUGUAAACUCCCGAUCCAUAGAAUUUGUCUCCGUAAAAGUCUGUCUUCGUACCCAACGGACAAAUUUUACAUUCCGGCUCGGUCCGCUUUG